CGGACGCUGUCGGCUGUGAACACCGCAUCAACUGCGAUGAGUUUUGAGUGGCCCUGGCAGUACAAUUUCCCUCCGUUUUUUACACUUCAGCCCAAUGUUGACACAAGACAGAAACAGUUGGCAGCCUGGUGUUCCCUGGUUCUGUCCUACUGCCGGCAUCACAAGCUCUACACUGUGGAUGUCAUGGAAGCGCAGGAAAGUCCCGUGUUCAACAACAAGAAGAUAGAGAGAAAACUCUCAGUGGAAGCAAUUCAAGUUGUGUUUGAAGAGUUGAGGAAAAAAGGCAACCUGGAAUGGUUGGACAAAAAUAAGUCGCGGUGUUUAGUCAUGUGGAGACGGCCAGAGGAAUGGGGGAAGUUAAUAUACCAAUGGGUGUCCAAAAAUGGCAUGAACAACUCUGUGUUUACACUUUAUGAACUCUCCAAUGGUGAUGACACAGACGGUGAAGAGUUCCACGGUUUAGAGGACUGGAUGCUGCAGCGCUCCCUGCAGGCUUUACAAACUGAAGGAAAAGCAGAGAUCAUCUCUAUGGAUGACGGAAAAGGUGUCAAAUUUUUCUGAAGCGGUGCUGGGAUCAUACUCGUACACUCUGACCGGGAAACGAGGCGGAUCUUUAGGAUGGGUCGCACCUCGAUGCAGAGGCCGGUGGAUGCUGGCCCUUUAAAUGUUUUUGUAGUUGCCUUUUUGGUUCACAACCUUCUCUUUCUGGAAGAGAACCAUUAUUGUUUGCGGGAGGAAACAAACAAAAAAAAAAAAGAGCAUCUGAGGUGACACUGUGUUUAUAAAAUUAUCACUGGUGACAUAUGUUGCCAUUUAAAGAUGCAAUGAGUAUCAGGGGACUAAACACUAUCAUGUCUGAAUAUUUUAGGGGAACAUUUCCCCGUUAGCCGUCACUCAACUUCUUCAUUUAGAUUUCAAAUGCAACUAGUUCUAGCUCCAUUCUCUCUAUCAAGGAGUUUACUUUGUAUGAUUAGCGCUGGACCUCGGCUCGGCUGUCGUUCCUUGGUGCCCAGCCAGAAUUCCCAAAGAAAUCCCAGAACACAAGACCUGAGGGACUUUUUAAAUUUCUAAAUAAAUGCUUCCAGAGGAGGAACACCGCAGAGGCCCGAGGCAAUCUUCAUUCAACCUGACUGAGUGUGAUAAUAUUGGACUUUGUGUACAGAUUUCUGCCAUCCUGUUGUUGUACUGUAGCUUCUGUGAUGCUUCUGUUAUCUUUCCCUCUGUUCUUUUUCAUAUCCUACAGAAAAAAUAAAUUAGGAAUUUGUUAAA